AUGUCACAAGAAAGCCCCAGAGAAAUUGAGGAGCUGGAGACGGCCGCCACUCCUCCUAACGAAGAUGAAGCGCAGCCGGCAAACGACGAAACAAAGGAACCAAUGGAUCCAGGGUAUGACUUCGAAGUCAAAGAACAGGAUCGAUGGUUACCCAUCGCAAAUGUCGCUCGCAUUAUGAAGUUGGCCUUGCCCGAGAACGCCAAGAUUGCGAAAGAGGCGAAGGAGUGCAUGCAAGAGUGCGUGAGCGAGUUCAUCUCCUUCAUUACCAGUGAAGCGUCGGAGAAGUGUCAGCAAGAGAAACGCAAGACCGUCAACGGCGAAGAUAUCUUGUUUGCCAUGACUUCGCUCGGCUUCGAAAACUAUGGUGAAGCGCUCAAGAUCUAUCUCGCUCGGUACCGUGAGAACCUCGUUGCGCGGGGCGAACAAAAGCCGCCUGCCACAGGAAGCGCGGGUCCGGUCACUACUUCGCCACCCUACGACACCGCAGAUCAGCAAGUCAUGUCCAACCCGAUGGACCCCGGCGUCGUAGGCAGCAGCGUCGACUUCGGCUACGGACAUGCUGGCGGCGAGCAAUACUGA